CAACCAUGAUUCCUUUAUUUCUGACGAGCACAGGGUUUUAUGGCAAAAGGCUUGAUUUGUAUGCGAAUAAUCUCCCUGAUUAUCAACAAAAGUCUCAUUCUGAACCUCUCAGUAUCAAGAAUGUUACACAUGUUCCUCAACAAGAAGAAAGUUCAAAUGAUUGUGGUCUAUACACAUCUCUCUUUGCCGAAUACAUGAGCAAUGGUGUUUUUGAUAUAUCACAUAUUGAUAUUGAUUCAAAAUAUCAUCGUCAAAGAUAUGGUACAUUACUUUGGCAUUAUGCAAAAUCAAAGAAUGAUGAAGGCGCAAUAAGUGAAAGUGAAGUUACAGGAACAGUUGCUAGCAAGAAGGGUGGACCUCGAACUCAUAAAGAACAAGUUAUGGACACCACCAAUUAUCCUACUCCAAAAUUCCGUAACAGGAAGUAGAAAUCUUCAUGGCACAAUGUACAUUUUUUUGAAUGACUUGUUUUUUUUUAACUUAUGAACAAUUUAUGUAAUU